GUUGCCCUGCUUCAUAGGCGUCUUGCUUUGCGGUGUCAGAAGAAAACAAGCACAUACAAUACAAGUUCUCUCUUCAUUUUGAUUUAGGGAUUCAUUCUCCUUCUAACUCGCCAUGUACAGAGCAGCAGCUUCAUCACUCAAGACCCAUCUCAAGGGCAAUGGAGGCAAGUUGGGAUCCGCUAGGUUUGCCACUUCAGCGGCGGUAGCUACAAGGACUUCUUCAGGUGGUUUGUUUAGCUGGCUUACUGGAGAGAGUUCUAGUUCUCUUCCUCCUUUGGACAUACCACUUGGUGGUAUUGUUCUACCUGAUCCACUUCCAGAUCAUGUUGAACCAAGCAAGACCAAGAUCACAACACUCCCCAAUGGACUCAAAAUAGCAUCAGAGACUUCACCGAACCCUGCAGCCUCAAUUGGAUUAUAUCUUGACUGUGGUUCCAUCUAUGAGACGCCUUUGUCUAGUGGGGCUUCACACUUGCUGGAGCGAAUGGCUUUCAAAAGCACAACAAACCGUAGUCACUUUCGUAUUGUAAGGGAAGUUGAAGCAAUUGGUGGUAAUAUAGGAGCCUCAGCCUCUAGGGAGCAAAUGGGUUAUACUUUUGAUGCCUUGAAGACCUAUGUUCCCCAAAUGGUUGAAUUGCUGGUUGACUGUGUAAGGAAUCCAGCCUUCAUGGAUUGGGAGGUCAACGAAGAGCUUCGGAAGGUAAAAGCAGAGCUUGGAGAACUCUCUAACAAUCCCCAGGGCUUGCUUUUGGAAGCAGUUCACUCAGCUGGUUAUUCUGGUGCAUUGGCUUAUCCUCUUUUGGCUCCUGAAUCAGCACUGAACAGAUUGGAUGGCCCCAGUUUAGAGGAAUUUGUUAUUGAGAAUUACACAGCACCUAGAAUGGUACUUGCAGCAUCUGGGGUUGAGCAUGAAGAGCUUCUGUCUGUUGCUGAGUCACUUCUAUCCGAUCUACCAAGUGUUCCUCGUCCUGAAGAACCAAAAUCUAUCUAUGUUGGGGGUGAUUUUCGUCGCCAUGGUGAAUCAGGGGCCACACAUGUUGCUAUUGCUUUUGAAGUGCCUGGUGGCUGGCAAAAAGAGAAAGAUGCAAUAGUUUUGACUGUUUUACAGAUGCUUAUGGGAGGAGGUGGGUCAUUCUCAGCUGGGGGCCCUGGGAAAGGGAUGCACUCAAGGUUAUAUCUUCGCGUCUUGAAUGAAUAUCAACAGAUUCAAUCCUUUUCUGCAUUCAACAGUAUCUUCAAUAAUACAGGACUGUUUGGCAUUUAUGCAAGCACUAGCCCUGAUUUUGUGCCAAAAGCUGUGGAAAUAGCAGCCAAAGAACUAAUAGCAAUUGCAUCACCUGGACAAGUUUCACAGGUACAGCUUGACCGUGCCAAAAAAUCCACAAAGUCAGCAGUUCUAAUGAAUCUGGAAUCAAGAAUGAUUGCAUCAGAAGACAUAGGAAGGCAGAUUUUGACUUAUGGAGAAAGGAAGCCAGUGGAGCAGUUCUUGAAGGCUGUAGAUGAAAUCACGUUGAAUGAUAUCACUAAAAUAGCUCAGAAGAUUAUUUCCUCUCCUUUGACCAUGGCAUCAUAUGGGGAUGUCAUAAAUGUGCCCAGUUAUGAAUCAGUUAACAGAAUGUUCCAUGCAAAAUGAAAUUGCAUGUUAUUGUGAAUCUUUGGGUCAUCAUAUUUUAUAGAUCACACGGGUGGCUACUCCCAAUUUUCAUGAGCAAUGCUGAAAAUAAUUCCCAGAGAAAUUUUUGUCCGGAUCUGAGGAACCAUUCAUAAUUUCGGUUCCGUGUUUCUCUCUUUCUUUUUUCUUUUUCUUUUUUUUUUUUCUUGUAACGAUUUGCCUAAUGCAUUAGGUGAACGAUCUCAUGGCUAAUGAUCACCUCAAUUUUUGUUUAUUUUUGAAUUUAUUUUAUCUUGUUUCGUGG